CCUAAGUCUCACAGUUCAAGCUAAUCAUUGCCAGAGCUUUACAAUCACAAGCUUUUACUGAAGCGUUGAUAACAGUCGGGCAGUUAGUGGCAAAUGAAGCCAGGCAGUGCGGCAGGAUCUCCAGGGAAUGAAUGGAUUUUCUUCAGCACCGAUGAAAGAAACACACGCUAUAGGAAAACAAUGUCCAACGGGGGACUGCAAAGAUCUGUCAUCCUGUCAGCAUUUUUUCUCCUACGAGCCGUUACUGGAUUCUCUGGAGACGGAAGAACUAUAUGGUCUAAAAAUCCUCAUUUUAGUCCGGUAAAUGAAAGUCAGCUGUUUCUCUAUGACAGUUUUCCUAAAAACUUUUUCUGGGGCGUUGGGACUGGAGCAUUUCAAGUGGAAGGGAGUUGGAAGACAGAUGGAAAAGGACCCUCUAUAUGGGAUCAUUUCAUCCAUACACACCUUAAAAAUGUCAACAGCACGAAUAGUUCCACUGACAGUUACAUUUUUCUGGAAAAAGACUUAUCGGCCCUGGAUUUCGUAGGAGUUUCUUUUUAUCAAUUUUCAAUUUCCUGGCCAAGGCUUUUCCCUGAUGGAAUAGCAGCAGUUGCCAACGCAAAAGGCCUCCAGUACUACAAUACUCUGCUCAACGCUCUAGUACUUAGAAACAUUGAACCUGUAGUUACUUUAUACCACUGGGAUUUGCCUUUGGCACUACAAGAAAAAUAUGGGGGGUGGAUAAAUGAAACCAUUAUAGAUCUCUUCAGUGACUUUGCCACAUACUGUUUCCAGACGUUUGGGGACCGUGUCAAAUAUUGGAUUACAAUUCACAAUCCAUAUCUAGUUGCUUGGCAUGGGUAUGGGACAGGUUUGCAUGCCCCUGGAGAGAAGGGAAAUUUAGCAGCUGUCUACACUGUGGGACACAACCUAAUCAAGGCUCAUUCAAAAGUUUGGCAUAACUACAACAUAAAUUUCCGUCCACAUCAGAAAGGUUGGUUAUCAAUUACAUUGGGAUCCCAUUGGAUUGAACCAAACAGAUCAGAAAAUGCUAUGGAUAUUCUCAAGUGCCAACAAUCUAUGGUUUCUGUGCUUGGGUGGUUCGCCAACCCCAUCCACAGGGAUGGCGACUAUCCAGAGGUGAUGAAAAAGAAGUUGCUCUCUAUUCUACCCCUUUUCUCUGAAGCAGAGAAGAAUGAGGUGAGGGGCACAGCUGACUUCUUUGCCUUUUCCUUUGGACCCAAUAAUUUCAAGCCCCAGAAUACCAUGGCUAAAAUGGGACAAAAUGUGUCACUCAAUUUAAGAGAAGUGCUGAACUGGAUUAAACUGGAAUAUGGCAACCCCCGAAUCUUGAUUGCUGAGAAUGGCUGGUUCACAGACAGUCAUGUGCAAACAGAAGAUACCACAGCCAUCUAUAUGAUGAAGAAUUUCCUCAACCAGGUUCUUCAAGCAAUAAAGUUUGAUGAAACACGGGUGUUUGGUUACACUGCCUGGUCUCUCCUGGAUGGCUUUGAAUGGCAGGAUGCUUAUACCACCCGCCGAGGAUUAUUUUAUGUGGAUUUUAACAGUAAACAAAAAGAAAGAAAGCCGAAGUCUUCGGCACAUUACUAUAAACAGAUCAUACGAGAAAACGGUUUUAUUUUAAAAGAGUCCACACCAGAUAUGCCGGGUCAGUUUCCCUGUGACUUCUCCUGGGGUGUCACUGAAUCUGUCCUUAAGCCCAGGUCGGUGGCUUCCUCCCCACAGUUCAGUGAUCCUCACCUCUACGUGUGGAAUGAGACAGGCAACAGACUGUUGCACCGAGUGGAAGGAGUGAGGCUGAAAACACGGCCAGCUCAAUGCACAGAUUUUAGUAGCAUCAAAAGACAACUCGAGAUGUUGGCAAGAAUGAAAGUCACCCACUACAGGUUUGCUCUGGACUGGCCCUCAAUCCUUCCCACUGGCAAUCUGACCACGGUUAACCGCCAGGCUCUGAGGUACUACAGGUGUGUGGUCAGCGAGGGGCUGAAGCUCAACAUUUCCCCAAUGGUCACAUUGUACUAUCCGACCCAUGCCCACCUAGGCCUCCCGACGCCCCUGAUGCACAGUGGGGGAUGGCUGAACCCAUCCACGUCCAAGGCCUUCCGGGACUACGCUGGGCUGUGCUUCCAGCAGCUGGGGGACCUGGUGAAGCUCUGGAUCACCAUCAACGAGCCCAACCGGCUAAGUGACAUUUACAACCGCACUAGUACCGACACCUACAGGGCUGCCCACAACCUGCUGAUCGCCCACGCCCUAGCCUGGCGCCUCUACGACCUGCAGUACCGGCCCGCGCAGCAUGGGGCCGUGUCGCUGUCACUUCACUCGGAUUGGGCGGAGCCCGCCAACCCCUACGCCGACUCGCACUGGGAGGCAGCCGAGCGCUUCCUCCAGUUCGAGAUCGCCUGGUUCGCAGAACCCCUCUUCAGGACCGGGGACUACCCGCUGGCCAUGAGGGAGUACAUUGCCUUCAAGAACAGGCAAGGGCUCUCACGCUCCAUGCUGCCUCAGCUCACAGAGGAGGAGAGGAGGCUGGUCAAGGGCGCUGCCGACUUCUACGCCCUGAACCACUUCACCACCAGGUUCGUGAUGCACGCGCGCCAGAACGGCAGUCGCUACGAGGCGGACAGGGACAUCCAGUUUCUGCAGGACAUCACCUGCCUGAGCUCCCCCACCCGCCUGGCCGUCCUGCCCUGGGGAGAGCGGAAGAUGCUGCAGUGGAUCCAGAAGAACUAUGGAGACCUGGAUGUGUAUAUCACGGCCAACGGCAUCGACGACCCAUCUCUGGAAAAUGAUGAACUCCGAACAUACUACUUAGGGAAAUACAUUCAAGAGGCUUUGAAAGCAUACCUGAUUGAUAAAGUCAAAAUCAAAGGCUAUUACGCAUUCAAACUGACUGAAGAAAAAUCUAAACCCAGAUUUGGAUUCUUCACAUCUGAUUUCAAAGCAAAAUCCUCAAUUCAGUUUUACAACAAACUGAUCACCAACAGUGGCUUCCCUUCUGAGAACAGCAGUCCUAGAUGCAGUCAGACUCAAAGAAACACAGAAUGCACUGUCUGCUUAUUUCUCAUGCAGAAGAAACCGCUGAUAUUCUUUGCUUGUUGCUUCUUCUCCACCCUGGUUCUACUUUUAUCAAUUACCAUUUUCCAUAAGAAGAGAAGAAAAGUUUGGAGAGCAAAGAACUUACAACACAUACCAUUAAAGAAAGGCCAUAAAACAAAGAACUUACAACACAUACCAUUAAAGAAAGGCCAUAAAAGAGUUCUUAGCUAAACUGAUCCCAAUUCUGUCUGCAUGAAAUUCUAAAAAUUCACUCCAGUUCUGUAUACUGGUAACUUCCAGAAGACAUAAUGACAUUGCAGGAAGAAGGCAAUUUGAGUAUCAGUGGUGAUUCACGGUGACGGUAAUCAGUCAGUGCUGUGUGGUUCAAAUGAGUUUUUCCUUAGAUGUUGACAUCUGAAUUCACUUCUUAGAUCUGAAGAUAAAGGCUUUGCCUAGAUACAGUAAGCUACAAGGACUGAUACAUUACUUCACAAAGUAUGGUGAACUGUUUCCCGUUAUUGUCUAGCUUUCUCCCAUAAAUACCAACAGCUACUUGUAAGUUUUGAUAAAGUGCAGCUUUGUUUUUGUUAAGACUCCACAGCAGACAUUUAAAACUCUUUAACAGUGGAUAGUCAGUGAUAUAUUCUGUCAUUUCUAUAAGGUGCUUUUCUCCUUAAGUCAGGGUGGUUUCCAAAUGUAAAGAAUACAAUAGAUUAAGUAGUGCAGUUCAUCAAUCCCUUAAGUUUUUCUCAAUAGAAAUAAAAACUAUCAAGCAUUCAUCAACAUCUGGUUUUGUGAGGUCUCUCCCUUUGUCAGAUCUGAUUUUUAAAUCAGGUAUAACUCUAACAUGUAACUUCCACAACUCAUCCAUGGGAAGAUCACGGAACUAAACCUGAGAACAAGACCCAGCUGCAUGUGGAGAGAUGUCAUUUAGCCUCAGUAGAGCAACUUCUUUAGACAGAUAGUCUUGCUCACUCAUUUUUCAGGAGGUGAUGAGAUCUAGCAACCUAAGAACAGUAACACUCUAAGAUGUAACUUUUAUUACCAAGUCACCAAAGGACCAUAUUCCCUAAGACCUGCUCUCUCCCCAAGGAGCUUCACAGUUGAUGCCAUAUGCAUAAAGAGACCUCCCAGAGGUAUACAAUACAGCCGUAUCUUAACCAAGCAACUCUUAACUCUUCAGUUGCAAUUCAACAUGUUGACGGUCUGAAUGAGUUAAAACUUUCUAUAUUGCACCUUUAGAAGUUGAUAUUAAGUAAAUUCUUAAACCUGAAUUAGGAGAGUCUGACUUGCAGACUUUGAGCUCUGUGCUUAAGAUUUGUUUAUAGUGUAUUCUAAACCUUGGAGGAAAAAACUUUAAAGUAUACAUUUUACACAUUAUACCCAUUCUCUCUUUAGGUUAGUCAAGAAUUAAAUAACCACCCAUUACACAAGUAACUAGUCACUGUCUACCCUCUCCAGGCAUUUACACUUUCUUAAGAGUCAAAAGAAAGCUCUUUUGCUCAAAAAGCCUUGGUAGAAAACUACCCUAAAUUAAGGCAAUUGUUUUCCAGGUCCACCUACAUCAGAACCCAAAUUUGUAUAUAUAACUGAUAUUGUAACUGAUUAUGAAAGAAUAGCAAGUCUCAAAGAUACUGUGCAGUUAACAGUUGAUUCAAGUAAAUGCAAAAGCGAUGAGCAAUCAAUUUGCUAUUGGGCUGACCCAGUUUAAAUAGUAAAAUUUAGCUUGUUUUUCUCAGUCUAAUCUUGCCCCCAUUGCACUCAUUCUCCCAACCUUGGCAGCUUUUAGCUUAUGUUUUAAAAUAUAUCUUCAAGGAAUUUUUGAUAUUUUCUCUUUGAGAACCAAGUGGGCCUGAGGCUAUACACAAUUACAACUGGUUGACUGUUUUAAGUUUAUUAACGAGGCAAAAAGACCAUCAUUUACAAGAAUCACUUGGCUGGGUUUUUUCCCUUUGUGCCACAUGGACUCACUCUUAAGCCCAGAGCUCCAGUGAGUGAGUAUUCUCAAAGCAAUUACCAGCUGAGCAACUCACCAUCAACUUUUUAACUUCUAACAUCCAAGGUUUUGAAAAAGAAAUGCAUAUUCAGCAACAGGAUUAACAAAGAUUUGGAAUUAGAUUUAGGUUUUUUUUCUGGUCUCUAAAUACUAUGUGCUUUUUGACUAAAGUAUCUAGUAUUCAUGGCUUACAAGUCCAUUCGUUUUCACUACUUUUUUGUCUUCACGUUUAUAGCUUAAGCUUAAAACCUAAGUCCUUUUUUUAGCUUGUUGCCUGGCCAUAAACUCCUCCAAAUAGUGGAGUCCCUAAAUCCAGUGUUUACAGUACCCCCUUUCUGCCACCUAGGAAUUAUUUUACUAGUUUUUAAGCCAUCUUGAUACAAUCUUUAGGUAUUUAAAAUGGUUCAUGAUUAUAUCAUUAAGGUUUAUUUAAACUCAUUUACAAGUCAUAAAGGGUCCAUUAGAAACUGUUGAUAGCUUUUGAAAAGAUCUUUAGAAUUUAAGCUUUUUGAGACUUGUUGGAAAAAUCACCUUAAAAUAUUGUUAGAAUUUUUUAUAUUCAAUAUAACCCUUUCACUAACAAGUCUUUGAUGUAUAUGGAAAAUACCCCAACUAUGUUAAGAGCCUCUUAAAAAUGAUGUCUGUACAUUGUGACUAAAUGUUUAAUUCUCAAUGUAACUUAUUCCAAAUAAACUGGUUUGUU